UCUGCUAGUUCGCCUGUGAGGCGAGUAUAGUUGAUUGCCUAUUACCUACGGCUCUGAUGCAUGUUAGCUAGCUAGCUAGCUGUACAUCGAAGAAGAUGGCAUCCUCUGAACAACCUGAACACCAAAUACAGAAUGGCUCAUCCAUCAGAGAAGACGCCACUACGCGGGAAGCUUUGAUUGCAACAGCAGUUAAAUUUCUGCAGAACCAGAAAGUUCGUCAGAGUCCCUUGGCCACCCGAAAAGCAUUCUUGAAGAAGAAAGGUCUGACAGAUGAGGAAGUGGAGCAGGCCAUCCAGCGCGCGGGCGUCACGGACGAGCCGCAGGCCUUGGCCCCCACCCCCCUGGUGCCCCCCCACCUCAUACACCCCUCCCAGCUGGCCCCUAUACCACACAGUGCUCCAGGGUACAGAUGGAGAGACUACGGCGCUCUGGCCAUCAUCAUGGCUGGCAUGGCCUUUGGCUUUCAUCACCUCUACCGGAAGUACAUCCUUCCCCUCAUUAUGGGCAGCCGCGAGGACAAGAAGCAUCUGCAGCGCAUGGAGGCCAGCAUGGCGGAGAUGAGUGGCACGCUGACACAGACAGUCACCCAGCUGCAGGUGACCCUGGCCUCGGUGCAGGAGCUGCUGGUGCAGCAGCAGCAGAAGAUCCAGGAGCUGUCUAACGAGCUGACCACCUGUCAGGCCUCCUCCACCACCAAUCGCAUGCUGGAGUCCCAGACUGUUAAUGAGCUGAAGGCGGAGAUAGCGUCCCUCAAAGGCCUUCUCCUGAGCAGGAGACAAUUCCCAGCGUCCCCCUCCGUCCCCAAGAUCCCCUCCUGGCAGAUCCCACUGAAGCCCACCUCCCUGUCCAACCCGCCGUCGCUCAACCACACCAACAGCAGCAGCGACAUCUCCCCGGUCAGCAACGAGUCGGCCGGCUCCUCGCCGAUCAAGGACUCCCACAGCGCCGCGGCCACGCCCUCGGGCUCGCACGUCCUCAACGGGGAGCCCGGUUUGGGCGCCAUGCUUCCGCUGGACCUGAAGGACCAGGUGCGCAUGGAGGUGCAGGGCGAGGAGGAGAAGAGGGAGGAGGUGGAGGAGGAGGACGAGGACGAAGACGAGGAAGAGGAGGAUGACGACGACGUGACCCGGGCGGACGAGGAAGAGCACCUGAGCGUCCAGACGGAGGACAGGAGGGGAGGGGACGGACAGUUCCACGAGCAGGUGGACAAGCUGCGGCGCCCGGAGGGAGCCAGCAACGAGAGCGAGGGCUGAGGAGAGCAGCGGCUGGCGGCUCCGCUGCGUCCCGGCAGUCUCCAGCAGGGCGGGCUGAUUUGGUUUAUGAAGUCUGUUAAUAAUCAAAUGAUCAACAAAUAACAGAUGUAUUAGUUCAUGCAGCUUGAAAUGUCAAGGAGGCUCAAAUCGGAAAUCUAAUACCGAAAGCCUGUUAUAUGAUAUUAUAUUACACGACAAACCCUCCAGUCCAAAUUAUAUGGGGCCUCCCACAGUGAAUAAUCUUAACAUGAAACAGUGCUGGGGUUUCGUAAUUAAACCGUGUAAAACAAUGGAUGUUUGCUGUGGCAGGGCUGACAGUUAUGCUUUCCCUGACACUCGGAUUUGGGCCUGGUGAAGGAGCUCAGGAGGGGUUGCUGUGUGGAGGUGUGGGUGGGUUGGGGUGGGUUUGGGUGCGGGGGUUGACACCCCCUGAUGUAAAUGAAGGCUAACGUGAUGAAUACUUAACUAAUCCAAUUACCCCCCCUUCAGCAGAUGAUGAACGGGAAAAAAAGAGGGAAAGAGUGAAGGAGAGGAAGGGUGAAGAAAGAGAGAGAGACAUAGAGAGAGAGAGGGAGGGGGGAGAGAGAGAGAGCUCCACAAGUAAGAAUUAGCGUGCAGGCCCUGUUGUGGCAUUUUCACUUUUAACAAAUGGCCUUCAAAGUAACACGAUUAGGACAGAGGCAGGUGAAGCUUCAUCCCACACAAUCCCUCUCUCUCUCUCUCUCUCUCUCUCUUUCUCCCUCUCUCUCUUUCUCCCUCUCUCUCUCUCUCUCUCUCUCCUCUCUCUCUCUCUCUCUUUCUCCCUCUCUCCAUCCCUCUCUCUUUCUCUCCCCCAGUGAGAAGGCACAGAGCCACCUCUCUCUCUCCACCAUCGUCUCCUUAAUCAGAGCGGAGCCAUUGUCACGGUGCCGAGGAUAAAGCCAUGCACGCUCACGACAUACAGUAAUGCCAGGGAAAGUUGUUUUAAUUUUCUAAUGGAUUGUUAUUGAUCCGAAAUAGUAAAAGAUUAUGAAGCGACCAAGGUAAAUCAUUUUGACUGAGGCGUAGGUGGGGGGGACCACGAUGACUCGAGAGGGGUGUAAAGAUCCAGCCAUCACUCUUACCUCCGACUGGAGGGGGACGGAGAGAACUGUGUGUUUGUGUGUGUGUCAGUGAAUGAGUGAGUGAGUGAGUUGGUUGUGUGAGUGUAUGUGUGUUUGUCACAGUGUGUGUAUGCAUUUGCGUGUGGAUUGCUAGUUGCUUGGUUGUGCGUGUGUUUGUCUGCUCUCGAGUCAUAAGGGUGAGACCUUCAAUUCGUUGUAAUGACGCCCUUAAAAUUGCCUAUUUGGCUACUGUUCAUUAUCAAGAAAAUGUACCCAACUGAUGUUUGCUGCAAUUACGAAAUAUCAGAAAACAUGUAAAUAAUGUACUUGUAAUAAAUUCAACAGAAAGCACAAUA